GCCGGCAAAUAAAAUAAAUCUUAGAAAAAAGACAAACCAUAGUGAGUCCCUGUGAGCUGCACGAUUCCGCGGCUUCGUCCCUUUCAACUUUCCUCCCAGCGUCUGCAGGCCUCCCGCGCGCCAGCCUCCCGCAGAGCCCCAAAACAGGAUGACGACAGCUACGCACGGCAUGGCCGCGCCCGUCGGGAGCCGAGGGGCCCUGCCCGACUCUGCGGCAGCCUGUUUUCACUGGCACACAUGUGCCAAGAACUUUUCUCAAAACUGUUUAUUUAGAUUUUAUAUGACAGACAAAAGGACAGAGAGAGGAAGAGACAGAGAAAGGGGCUCUUCCAUCCGCUGGUUCCCUCCCCAAGCGCCCACAACGGGCAGGGCUGGGCCAGGCUGACGCCAGGAGCCUGGAGCUCCAUCCGGGUCUCCGUGGGCUUGGCAGAGAGCUGGGUCAGAAGCACCACAGCCAGGACGUGAACCAGGCAUCCCACGUGGGUGCACCACGUGCUCACCGCGUGCCCAGUGCCUGUUUAUUCAGAUAAUGAAUUUGGGAUUAACAAAGAAAAGCUGCACCAUCCACGUCCUCCACAGGCCCUCAUUCACUGGCUGACGCUGGCUGCUGCUGGGUCUCUCUGUGUCUGCGGGGUCAUCCAUGAAGAAGGCACGUUCACUGGGCUCCUGGCUCCGGUGCCCGCUCAGGCGUCCGGCCACACAGGGCAAGGUGCCCAUGGGGGGGCGUGACCCCAUCUAACUCUGAUCACCUGCCAAAGCCCCCGCCUCCAAACACCACCAACAGGACAGGACGCGGGAUCAAGUUCCAAGGUUGUGCCAGGAAGUGCCCGAAGCUCUGAGGAGCCCAGGCCAAGGGGCUGGGGAGGCUGCCGGCCUGCAGGUGCGCCCUGUGGACUGGCUCUCCGACAGCUCCACAGCUCGCCCUGGGCAGACAGGCGGCCUCUGACUGCCUGUCCGUCUCCCGGGAGUCUGGGGUGAGGAGUGGGACUCUCCGGCCAGCCCCCAGGGCCAGGGCCAGCACGAAGCCGCUCCUGUGGCACAGAGGGGCAGGGGACCGAGGACUUGGCCCAACUUGCCUUUGCCGCUCACAGCAAACCACAGUGGCUGAUGUCUGCGAGACCUGCCCCAUGGAACGCUCUAGGAGAGAAAGGAAGACGUUUGCCACAGCACAAGCAGACAUUUCCGGGCAGUGGCAAGGACUCAGGAGAGACUAACGCAGGCGGGAGCCCAGGGCUGCUCCAGGUCCCCACGGGGACCUCAGGACUUCCUCUCCUCCUGGGCGUCUGGCGGUCCGAGUGGUGCUGGGAUGGGAAGGGGCCCCGACUUUGCUGCCUCCUCACGGACCCCCAUCAGGUGAGCUUGGUCGUCGGGGAGCAGGUACUGCAGCUCUGAGCCUGCAGGCGGGACCGGCCAGCCAUGGAGAAGACCCCGGACCACACAGAAACCCUGGGGGUAGCUGUGGACGCCAGGAGACCCGAGUGCUGCAAGUGGGACCUGGCAAGGGAGGACGCGGAGCAGGAGCUGCGGUGGACGGAGCUGGGCUCCGAGGAGGCCCCCGCGGAAGCCGCCCAGGGCCCCGGCUGCCUUCUCCGGGCCGUGUGGCGGGGCCCCGUGGGGCUGGUGCUGCAGCUGCUGCGGCAAGGGGCCAGCGUGGAGGAGAGGUGGGCCCCUGGGGGACGCAGUGUCUUAGCCGGGCAGGGUCCCUUCCCGGGGAGGGGAGGGCCGAGGGGCACGACGGGGCGCGGCCACCCGCAGACCCCGCUGCCUCCCCGCAGGGACCGCGCCGGCCGGACCCCGCUCCACCUGGCGGUGCUGCGCGGCCACGCGCCCCUGGUGCACCUGCUGCUGCGGCGCGGGGCCCCGGCGGCGGCCGCCGACAGCGCGGGGCGCACGCCGCUGCACGAGGCCUCCUGGCACGGCCACUCGAGCGUGGCGGAGCUGCUGCUGCGGCGCGGGGCCCCGGCGGCGGCGCGCUGCGGGGCCGGCCUCACGCCGCUGCACUGCGCCGCCGCGCUCGGUCGCACGCCGCUCGCCGCCGUCCUGCUGGCCGCGCCGGGCCCGGGCCCCGCCUUGGCUGACGCGCGGGGCUGGACGGCGGCGCACUGGGCGGCCGCGGGCGGGCGGCUGCCGGUGCUCGAGCUGCUGGCGGCGGGCGGCGCGGAGCUGGACGGCGCGCUGCUGGCGGCGGCCGCGGCGGGCCGCGGGGCCGCGCUGCGCCUCCUGCUGGCGCGCGGGGCACAGGCGGACGCCGCCGACGGCUCCGGGGCCACCGCGCUGGGGCUGGCGGCCAGCCUGGGCCGCGAGCAGGACAUUGAGGUGCUGCUGGGCCACGGGGCGGACCCAAGCCUCAGGGACAGGCAUGGCCGCUCUGCGCUGCACAGGGCUGCUGCCCGGGGACACCUGCCUGCCGUCCAGCUGCUGGUAGCCUGGGGAGCUGAGGUGGACACUCGGGACUCGCUGGACCUCACACCCCUGCACCACGCUGCUCGGGGGGGCCACGUGGAGGUCGCCAGCCACCUGCUGGACAAGGGAGCGCAGGUCAACGCUGCUGGCUGGCUGCACAAGACGGCUCUGCACCUGGCCACGGAGCAUGACCACUGUGCCACCGCGCGGCUUCUGCUGAGCAGAGGGGCCAGCCCUGGCCUGAGAACACGGUGGGGUGAGCUGGCCCAGAUGUCCGAGGGGGGCCUGCCCCGCGCACCGCCUGCCCUCUGAGGGCCGUCUGGCUCCCCAGCCCCUGCGUUUCCCGGCCACGCGCCUGGACAGAGCAGAACUCAGCUUGGAGGCACCUGGAGGAGGCGGCAGCCACACGGGGUCUGUCCUGGGGCUGCAGUGCCCCCCCCACCCCCCCGCGGCUCCGGCAGGCUCUCUGGUAAAGGCUGAGUCGUGACAACAGCUGUGACCAAAUCCCAACACCCCCUCAAGCUGCUGUUUUCGUAGAUGUUGUAUUUGGCCACCUGGGGCUCAAGCCAAGGGCCGCGGCUGCUGGAGUGUGCCCUUCUGUGUGGAGCCCAUUCUCUGGACCUCCUGCUGGCCUCACUGCCCUCCCAAGCCCAGGUUUCCCUGGACCAGUGUCAUCAGGGCUAGGGCUGGGGCCAGGGGCCAGGGGCUGCCCGAGCACGGAGGCCAGCUGAGCUGCCCACAGCAACCUCAGUACAGGUUGAGCCCGCCCUGCCCGGUGUGUCCCGUGUGCCCGUCUCUCCCUGCAGCAGCACCAGGCCCCCAUGUCCUGGCUUCGGCAUCUCCAGGAACCUGGAGCCUCGGGGUUGUUGUCUGACUGCCCACCUCUCCCAGACGCCUAGGAAAGGAGCCACGGUCGUCAGCUGCUUUAAGAGCAGGAUUUUUGUUUUUAAAGACUUACUUGAGAGGUAGAGUUACAGACAGCAAGAGGGAGAGACAGAGAGGUCUUCCAUAUGCUAGUUCACUCCCCUAAUGACUGCAGUGGCUGGAGCUGGGCCAAGCCGAAGCCAGGAGCCAGGAGCCUCUUCAGGGUCUCCUGUGCAGGUGCAGGGCCCAAGCACUUGGACCACCCUCCCCUGCUUUCCCAGGCCGUAGCAGAGAGCUGGAUAAGAGGAGCAGCUGGGACUUGAACUGGUGCCCGUAUGGGAUGCCAGCACUGCAGGCGGAGGAUUAACCCUCUGAGCCACAGAGGCAGAGCUGGUGUGCCAGGUCAGCACCGCGGCGCCCCUGAGCCCGGGCCAGCUGUGCGAUUGAACUUGCAGGGCAGGGGAGGCCACCAGGGACAGCCAGCACCUGGGAGGUGACAACCGGUCACCCCUGGGUAGGCAGGCACUGGCCUGACCCUCAGGUGGGUGCGGGAGAGGGUGGGGAGAGGUGAGGGCUGGAGGGGCAGUGCUGGAUGGACGACGGAUUUGAAGCCCCAGGAGGACCACACCCAGCUGGCCAGCACUCGGGCCCUGCAGAGCUGCCCGCGUCUCACUCCCUGUGUCCACUGUGGUGCAAGCUGCCCCACUCGUGCCCAGACCUCACCCAGCCAGUCCAUCUGUCUUGGCUUCCCCGCAGCCCACUCCAAACACGGCUGCCACCUGGUUCCACACCUUGGGUUGUGCUGCCCCUGCUCACGGGCCUGCCAGUGGCUCCCGCUCACACGGCGUGGCCGUGCCGGUGUCCUCUGCACGCUGUGACGUGGAGGACUCUGGGGUACACAGAGGUGACACUGGGUGGCCCCCCGGGCCAGGUGGGAAAGGUGAGGCUGCCUCUGCCUUCCACUGGGCGGGCACUGGACGGGGCACCGGGUGGGGGCUCUGGGCAGACACCAUGGUCUCCUCUGCUGCCCCAGCCCCUCCCACGUUCCAAGUAGCCCCAGGAAGACCACACAGACAGCACGUGGAGACAAGACUGCCUGAGGGGACAGCUGGCCCAGCUCCCCGUCCUCGAUGCUGCUGCGUGAGGCAGCCCCGGAACUGCCCGGCUCGCGAGAUGGUGAGCGGGAGCCCUGUGCCAGGCCACCACGUUUUAGGGUGCUCUGCUACUCAGCACGGUCCCCCCGUCCCCACCUUGCUCUCCAAGACGGGCAGGCACGCUGCCCCUCAGGCCUCGGACGCCCGCCGGACUCCGCCCGGUCCGGAGAGCUGCCACAUGGCAUCGCCCCGUCCUCUUGUCACUUCAUUUGAUCCCCCAUCUGGCGGUUCACUGCCCCAGUGCCUGCAACAGCCAGGGCUGGGCCGGCCGGGCCGGAGCCAGGAGCCCCCUCCGCGUCUCCACGUGGGUGCCGGGGGCCCAAACCUCGCCCCCUCCGCCCCACUCCCUCCACCAGACACCACCCCCACUCUCCAAGACCCCGCGUGUGGCGCAGCAGGCGUCCCGUGCGCGUGCUAGCUGGAGUCCUCGCUGCUGUGCUGCGGAUCCAGCGCCUGCCUAACGCAGCCGGGGAGCGCUUGGGUCCCUGCACCCACGUGGCCUGCCUAACGCAGCCGGGGAGCGCUUGGGUCCCUGCACCCACGUGGCCUGCCUAACGCAGCCGGGGAGCGUUUGGGUCCCUGCACCCACGUGGGAAACCAGGGGGAAGCUCCUGGCCCAGCCCUGGCGGUGCGGCCAACUGCCGAGUGGACCAGCGGACGGAAGCUGCGACCGAAAAAUACAUCUUAAAACAAAAAUGGGGGCCGGCGCCGCGGCUCACUAGGCUAAUCCUCCGCCUGCGGCGCCGGCACACCGGGUUCUAGUCCCGGUCGGGGCGCCGGAUUCUGUCCCGGUUGCCCCUCUUCCAGGCCAGCUCUCUGCUGUGGCCCGGGAGUGCAGUGGAGGAUGGCCCAAGUGCUUGGGCCCUGCACCCCAUGGGAGACCAGGAGAAGCACCUGGCUCCUGGCUUCGGAUCAGCGCGGUGCGCCGGCCGCGGCGGCCAUUGGAGGGUGAACCAACGGCAAAGGAAGACCUUUCUGUCUGUCUCUCACUGUCCAUCUGCCUGUCAAAAUAAAUAAAUAAAUAAAUAAAUAAAUAAAUAAAAAAACCCAAAA